AUGGCUAAGAAUAAAGAUGUAAGGGUAACAAUUACUUUAGAAUGUACUAAUAAUUGUGCUCAAAAUAACGAAAAAAAAAAAUUAGGUGUUUCUCGAUAUACUACUCAAAAAAAUCGUCGUAAUACACCUACUCGAUUAGAAUUAAAAAAAUUUUGUUCUUAUUGUAAUAAGCAUACUAUUCACAAAGAAAUAAAAAAAUAA